AUGGUUUGUACACUUGUUGUUGCCGGAUGGGAAGGAAUUGCACAUGAUUCUAGAGUUUUGUCCAAAGCUUUAACAGAUAGUGCUAUUGGAUUUCCAUUUCCUCCUCUAGAUAAAUAUUAUCUAUGUGAUGUUGUGUAUACAAAUACUCGAGGAAUUAUGACGCUGUAUCGUAAUGUUAGAUAUUGGCUCGGAGAUUUUCGUCGUCGACGAACAAUGAACAAGUAUGAAAAGUUUAAUCAUUCCCAUGCGAAACUUAGAAAUGUUAUUGAACGUUCUUAUGGCGUCCUGAAAGCAUAUUUUCCAAUAUUGAAAAGAAUGACACCAUUUACACUUGAKGUUCAAAGAGACGUUGUUAUUGCAUGUUUUGCGGUUCACAACUUCAUACGAAAGGAAGGUUUAAGUGAUGAGUUCUUUUCUGAGUAUGACCAAACCGACGUGCAAGGGAAUGAUGAUGAGGAUAAGGCUUAA